CUUGCAGAAAAAAGUUCCUCUCCAACCAUCGACGUACCAACUAAUGUGCACUGACGGUUCCCUGCGCUGCAGGCUGACACUGCUGUUUCCGGCAGUACUACGACCUAUGGACUCGUUCAUUAUCGGCGUGACGGCAGGGAUGGGACGGGAUUGCUCGGCGAUUUCUUUCGGAUCCCACCCCUUCCCACUGUAACAGGGUCGCAUCCCCAAAGAACCUGUCGGGAAACGCUAAUUGCUUGGUUUUCACGGCUUGGCGAUCCUUCUUUCAAGGUAAGAGAGGAGGAUCUGCUGCGGGCGUCUCGGUGGUGGGGUGUGCAGAUGGGAUGGUUUCCUGGUUUUUGGUCCAGCCCGAAGGGGAAUUUCUCGCUCAACUAGUAAAUACGCCCGAUUUCCUAUUUUGCUAGUCUCCCUUCUGCCCUGUCGAUGUAGGUGUACCGGUUUCUUGUUAGUAUAUCACUCUUUGGUUCCGUAAAUCAUAAUCAUUCUGGCAACUGCGAUUACCAGCUUAUUCUUUUCUCCACCUGCAUGCCCGUUGGACCGUUUCAUGGUGUAGUAAUUUCCUUUCCCAAUGGUGUGAUUCAGUUUAUACCCCCUCUCCUAGACCUUUUCAGUUUCAGUUACAAAGUACAUAUUUCCCCAGCCCUAGGCCAGGCCCGGAUCGUUAUCAUUGCUGGCCGCAUUCUUUCGAUCUCAUGGACAUCAAAAUACUUGAUGGGGAUCUUCGUCCGAAGAAAGUCCGGGAUCCGGGAGGCGGGAGCCACAACUGCUCAGCCACAGGGCCAUUCACCGCCAUGUGAUAGAUCGGAUAGAUCCCGACUGGCUUCCCACUGUCAACCCCAUGCUUCAUGCAUGAGCGAUCGAUCCUCGGUGUCACGGUCAGGAAUCCUCAUAGGUCAGAAAUGUAGUAUUGCUGUCCUUCCUCAUCUGUCUCGCCUGCAGCCCGCAUUGACACUGCAACACGAGAAGGGGAAAGAAAGCUAAAACCGGCAAAGCCCAACGGAGCGAGGCCUGCAUAAGUUAAUUAUCGAGAGGGUGAGGUGGCAAACUGACAUCGGUCAUUGAUGGAUCGAUCGACAUGCCUCGUAUCUGUCUAGCUGGAAAUGAAGAAUGAACAGCGCCACCCCCUCUACGGCCAGGCCCAGCCACACACCGAGAUCGGUUGGAGCCACAUACGACGACGAGUCCUGGUUGACCGACUCUCAGAUGCAGCCCCAGUUGUGAGGGAAAGGAUCUUGAACGGGCCACGAGGCCGGCAAUUUAAGCGCUCCCAAUCGAGUUGCUCCGCCCAGCCGGAACCAAAAUUUAGGGUCCUCAUGACGCGGUGACAGCGCGGUUUCCGUCACCGCUCGGUGUGUUCCGGCCUCGUUUCCAGGUCCACGGGUCGGGUUGCAAUGGUCUUCCCAUGGUCAUUCCUCGCGCCAUCGAGAUCGCCCUGAUUAUUCAGUCUUUUUUACUUGCCACCUCCUCCCUGGGCGGAAUCUGACAGGAUCUGCACUUUUAAAACCGGAGUUGUUACUAGAAUAGUAGUCGACGUUCCCUGGUAACCUGCCAUCGGGGUCAAAUGUAAGAUAACAAGAUUGAGGACAAGCAAAC